AGUCAUGCAACUUGGGGCACGUAUCCAGUACAUCGAAUUGAUUGGUUUUAAAUGGACCACACGCAUCUCCAUUCACAAGAGUACCUUGGUGGAGCACAAGCAGUAGUAGGCGAAAAGGGCCCGAAGCAACUUAAAAAAUAAUGAAAGCGCCUCCCUGGUUGCUAGCUGUACACUAUCAUAUUCUGCGAAUCCCUUCAAGACACAUGAACCAAAAAAAAAAAAAAAAAAAAAAAAAUCCAAAUAUACACUUCACAACAAAUCUAAGAUAACAUUUAUUUCUUUUUCCUGAGCAGUCGCUGUACCAAACAAAGAAUAAAAAUCUCCUUCCCUUCCCUCCCUUCAACGCCUGCUCCAUCUCCUUCCUAUGAUGGCCAACAAGAGUCGCACAGAAUCCAUCCACCCCGCACCCCAGAUGGCCUCCCUGAUCUGGCUCCUCCAUGGCCUCCUUGCAGUCAUUUGCUCGAACCCAAGGCCAGUCCUCGCGAUGCCGCCGGUUCCACCCGUCACCUGCGGCGCGACGGGCUGCCUACUCUCCAACGCCUACGGCGCCUGGUCUGACCGGAAGGACUGCUGGGUCCGGACUGUCGCCUACCCGACGACUGAAGACGAACUCCGGUCCGCCGUGGCUCAGGCCAGUCGAAGGAACCAUAAGGUCAAGGCAGUAAGCGGAUUCUCCCACACCAUUCCGAAGCUGGCCUGUCCUCCAACGGAGAAUUCGACGCUGAUAAGCACGGCCAAGUACAACACGGGGAUCGAGGUGGAUGUCGAGAAGCUGACGGUCACGGCGGAUGCCGGAGUGGGGCUGAGGGAUUUGAUCGAUAAGGUGGAGGCGGCGGGGCUGAGCCUGGUGGCGGCGCCGUACUGGGAGGGGGCGAGCAUCGGCGGGGUGGUGAGCACGGGGUCGCACGGGAGCUCGUGGUGGGGGAAGGGCGGGGCGGUGCACGACCACGUGGUGGGGAUCAGCCUGGUGGUGCCGGCCGGGAGCUCGGAAGGGUACGCCAAGAUCGUCAGGCUGGAGCACGGAGAUCCACUGUUUAACGCGGCGAGGGUGUCACUGGGACUACUGGGAGUCAUCUCCAAGGUGACACUCUCACUAGAACCUAGAUUUAAAAGAAGCGUAAGCUAUUCUUACGAAGAUGACAGUCUCUUCGAAGAUGAAUUCCUUGAUCUUGCUCAGAAGCAUGAGUUUGCAGAUAUCACCUGGUAUCCAUCACAGCAUAAAGCAGUGUAUAGAUAUGAUGAUCGAGUUCCCUUCAACAGCUCUGGUGAAGGUGUUAAUGACUUCCUUGGGUUUCAGUCAAAUCUCAUUGUGGUUUCCACUACGGUUAGAGCGACAGAGAAGGCACUAGAGAGUGCAAGGAAUGUCAAUGGGAAGUGCACCCUGGCUGCUAUAGAAGUGGGAUUCAAGAAAUUAGUGGGCACUGGGUUGAAGAACAAUGUAAUUUUCACCGGUUACCCAGUUGUGGGUUACCAGGGUAAGAUGCAGACUUCAGGUUCCUGCCUAUAUUCACCAUCAUCUAACACUGUAAGCUCGUGUGCAUGGGAUCCAAGAAUCAAAGGACUGUUCUUCUACGAGACUACAGCUAUCUUUCCUGCUCCAAAAUUCAGAAACUUCAUUCUUGAUGUCAAGAAGCUAAGAGACCUAAAGCCAGAGAAUUUCUGUGGUGUAGAUAUAUACAACGGACUUUUAAUACGGUUCAUUAAGAGUUCAGAAGCAUACCUUGGACAAUCCGAGGAUUCUGUUGUAGUGGAUUUCAACUACUAUAGAGCUGAUGAGCCUUCGAUGCCUAGGUUGAAUCAGGAUAUUUGGGAAGAGGUGGAGCAGAUGGCGUUCUUCAAGUAUGGAGCUAAGCCUCAUUGGGCCAAGAACAGGAAGCUUGCUUUUACAGGUGUGCAACAAAAGUACUCUAAAAUGAGCAAGUUUCUUUUGGCAAAGAGGCAACUAGAUCCUCAUGGUAUGUUUGACAGUGAGUGGUCAGAUGAGAUGCUCCUUGGGAAAGAAUUGGCCAAAGAUGAUGGGUGUGCCUUGGAAGGACAGUGCAUCUGCUCAGAAGAUAGGCAUUGCAGUCCAGCAAAAGGGUACUUGUGCAAGCCAGGUCUUGUUUACAACAAAGCUAUGGUUUGCAGAUAUACAGAAACCUUCAGCACAGUGAUGCUGACUGAUGAGAAUUCUCAAAAUGUUUUCCGCCAUAACUAGAUAUUGUGACUAAUAAAAUUUGUGAAAAACAGCCAUAUUUUCAGGCAAAGGUCAGAUCAGUAGAUCAAGCCAUUUGAACGUGCCAUCCAUUAGAUGUUGCAAAUGAUAAAUAAAAAAAACCAUAACAAAGGCAUACAGUGUCUAGGCAGAUGACUAUGUCUAGAACAGAACAGUAGGAUUCAGAAAACAGGACACUGUAGAUCUAGAACAAACAAGCUAUCGUACGCAAAAUCUUACAACAUAAUUCAUCAUAGAAUGUUAUCAAGGGCUUUCUGCUGUAAUUAAGAAAAGGUUUCGUCAUCAGAAAAGGAACGAAUGAUGAAUUAGUAAUCUAGGAAACUAGUGUGGACCCCCAUCAUGAGAAUUAUGAAGUCAAUAAACCAGCACAACACAAGUGGAAGGUACAAUUUACAUGCAAGACAUUACAAAGAACUGAAAAUCGCUAUCUAGAUGCUCUGCAUAUAGGGGAACACCAGAACUUCCCAACCUCAUAAUAACUAUUGCAAGUAAUAUACCAGAUAUAGAAAUGUAAAAUAUAGAGAUGCUGAAGCUAUGCUACAUCUUAUGUUUCUCCACCAUCAGCUCUGCACUAGGCAAAAGCUACAACUUCACAUGUUGCUUGCCUCUCUAGUUUGUAAAUUUGAUCUCUUCGCUAGUACUUAGAUAUUGAAGAAGUUUUCCUAAUAGUUCCACCCUUCCACUAUUGGAGAGUUGUUUUGCUGAAGAGUGGAAGAAGGAAAUUUUCUAGGAUAAGCAUACAAAUUUGCAAAUUACACACGCCCCUCUGAAACACCCCAAGAAGUAGCACAUGCCCCAUUACAUUCACUUCUUCACAAGAUAACCCAUUGUCCACCUCUCAAACUCCCUCGCAAAAUGGCAAAUUCAGACAUGUUCUACCACCAAUUUGACCACCGAUGAGAAAUGAGGAGAGGUAGAUAAGGAAGGUGAAGUGCGAGAGAAAAAAGUAACAUGAAAUUCUGACUGGAGUAAAAUUUUCCUACAACAAACACUAAAAACAAAUUAUGAUAGGAUCCCUCUAUGGCAUGACUUCAUUAAUAUAAAUUACUGAACUUUUUCAUCCUUAAGAGUUGUUAUCCAUGAAUCCUAAAAAAAGGUCUCAGAAAAUUGGUGGAGAGAAUUACCUGAGAU